CAAAGGUCAUUUUCAUUCCUAUUCCCCAUCUCACAUCCUCUUGCUCACCAUCUUGGUGGAAGAAUGGCUCCUAAAAAAGCUGAACCGAAAAAGCUAGCUCCUCCUCCUGAACCAGAGAAACCCAAGGAGCCUCAGUUUGACCCAAAAAGUAUAAAGAUUGAGUUUACGGCAGAUCAGAUUGAAGAAUUUAAAGAGGCCUUCAUGCUGUUCGACAGAACUACUUCUGGUGAGAUGAAGAUCACUUACGCCCAGUGUGGGGAUGUCAUGAGGGCGCUGGGUCAGAAUCCUACCAAUGCAGAGGUGCUCAAAGUGCUUGGCAAACCCAAACCUGAGGAAAUGAACACCACGUUGAUUGACUUCGAGACUUUCCUGCCAAUGUUCCAACACGUGUCCAGGUCCAAAGAUCAAGGCACCUUUGAGGACUUUGUUGAGGGCCUGCGGGUGUUUGACAAAGAAGGGAAUGGCACGGUAAUGGGCGCCGAACUUCGCCAUGUACUUUCAACGUUAGGUGAGAAAAUGACAGAAUCAGAGGUAGAACAGCUGAUGGCAGGACAGGAAGAUGGAAACGGCUGUGUCAACUAUGAAGCGUUUGUUAAACACAUCAUGGCAGGAUAAAUGAAAGAGCUAGGCACUACUGUCCUCUGCAGUUAUCAACAGUCCUUCAGCCCAGCUCUGCUCUCUCUAAUGCCCUUGAACUACUUUUCCUGUAUGACGUUGUUUUGUUCCAUAACAUCAAACUAAGCAAUUAUUUUGUAUUACUAUGCAAGGAGCAACCCCCAAAAGCAUAUGUUAAAAUGUAAUUAAUUGACGUCCAAUGCAUUUGUUAGCUACUGAAUGUCUGUAACAUUAAAGUUUUUUUCCUCAUUGACUUUGCGUGAUUAUUAUUGUAGUUUCCGGACUUUCCACACUAUAGAUGCUCAGAUGUUUGUUUAGUAACACUUUAUUUGGAUAGUCCACUUAGACAUUCCAACAGUAACCUUGCGAAAUACAUGUCAACUAGCCGUCAUUAGAGUAUUAGUGGACAUUAAUUUGAUGGGUCCACUACAUACAACAUACAGAUUAACAGUCAACUUAGUUUACUAAACCUAAAGUUACCCUAACAGUCUACUUAGUAGAGUCAUGUAGUUACAAGUUGAUGAGAAUUAGUGGACAUGUAGUUACUUAGUACUUAGUAGAAUGUCUAAGUGCACUGUCAAACCGUUUCAUGAAAAGGUUUAUUUUACAUCGGUGAAUGACUAACUGUGCAUUUUCUCACUUUAUCCUAUGUUAUUACAGAAAUAAAGAUUAAAAUAUUGA